CUGCAGACACCCUGCAGAAAGAGAUGAGGACCCGGAGUUCUGAGCUGCGCGGGGCCGAGAAUUCUCACAGAUGCUAAGAGGAAGAGGAGGGCCAUGCAGCACUAUACCUAAACCGAAGCUGUACCCAUCCAAGCACCAUCGACACUUUCGGGGUGACCUGCUUCCUACAGCCUUCGGUGCUUCUUCCUUCCCCAGCUUUAGCAGGCUGGCCCAGCGCAUUAUUUCCUGCAUUUCAGAGGUGUGAGGGUACCGGCAGCCUGGAGGUCUGGUCAAGAGGGCGGAGGCUAAAACCUUGGUCUCUCUAAGCAGCUACGAAAGGACCAUGCCGCGACGUAGCGGUCCGAGCCAAGGGAAGGCUCAGCGUGCAGCGGCAGCCAACGCCUCCCACACCCUGCUGACCAUGCACUGGCUGUCCUUGAGGCAAGAAUACGAGGGAGAGAAGGGGGGGUUCUCUAGAGGGUUGGAGGAGCGAGGCCCCAGGAAGUGGUUUGGAAAUCUCUUACCUAGGAGGGGUCUAGGGAUGCUCUUGAACUGGAACCCCCCCUUUCCGCCCACCCUCCCCCGCAAGGCUCGGGGACCAGGUUUGGAUCGGCGUUUGCACCUCAAGCAUAGUUUUUAUUUAGGUUGCUCCUGUGUGAGGGCUGGUUCAGGGAGGACUGAUUGUGACUUAGGAGAACUUCGCCUCCCAAAUCACCCAUGGCGCUAUGACCCCAGCCGCUGAGCACCAGCGCUUGAUCCCGAAGGCUGGCGGGGCUGCGACUCGGACAAGUCACGCAGAGUUGGGGCGGGGCUUGGGCGAAGGGGCCGGGCUUCUCCGACUCGCAGGCGGAGCUUCUGCUAAAGGCGCGGAGCACAAGGCGCCGAGGGCGCAGAGUAAGAGCAGCAGCACCCGGUAGAAGUCGGGGCUGAAGACUGCGUGUUCCUAGCCCACCCUCAGCUUCCACUCGGUGCGGCAUCCCAACCCCUGCCGGCCGUCGCCCGGCGCGACCCGCGGCCAUGCAACCCCGGGCUUAAGGCGGCCCCAUGGCAAAACCUGCGAUCCCAGCGACGACGGCGCAUGGAGAACUUCCGUAAGGUGCGCUCUGAGGAGGCGCCGGCGGGGGACGGUGAUGAGGGUGGCAGCCUAAGCUCUGGCCCUUUCGCAGAUCUGGCGCCGGGUGCUGUACACAUGCGGGUCAAGGAGGGCAGCAAGAUCCGCAACCUGCUGGCCUUCGCCACCGCCAGCAUGGCGCAGCCAGCCACGCGCGCCAUCGUCUUCAGCGGCUGCGGCCGGGCCACCACCAAAACCGUCACGUGCGCCGAGAUCCUCAAGCGCCGCCUGGCGGGCUUACACCAGGUCACGCGGCUGCGCUACCGGAGCGUGCGCGAGGUGUGGCAGAGCCUCCCGCCUGGGCCCACGCGGGGUCAGACGCCUGAGGAUCCGGCCGCCAGUCUCAGUGUACUUAAGAAUGUACCGAGCCUGGCCAUCCUACUUUCAAAGGACGCACUGGAUCCACUGCAACUUGGCUACCAGCCUCCGAACCUCAAUCCUGGUCCUUCAUCCCCUCCUACGGUGUCGACGUCCAAGAGGAGCCUGGGGGAAUCUGCUGCUGGAGAAAGCACAGCUAAGCGGUCUCAGCCUGAGCCAGGGGCUGAGAAUGAGGACCCGACUGCCUGAGAACUCCCGGCUCUGAGCCACUUAGACCGGCUGGAUCUUAUAUCCUCAACACUCCUACAUCCACGUGCACCUUUCAUACCUGGGUUUCAAGGGGCCCAUGUUCCUGGAAGAUUGACAGCACAGAUCCCAAGGCGACUUGAAAAGGAGCUCAGGAAUGACAAGAGGAUCCCCUGAAGUCCAAGGACACUUUGUGGGACGUGUUGCCAGAAGCCACAGAACCCCACCUCCACCUUUUGUAGGCCAUACUGGGAUUUUUUUUUUUUUUUUUUUUUUUUUUUUAGGGAAGCAUGGCGGAUAGUGAGACUCUUGAGACUUCUUGGGGACCCAGACUUUAAAAGCACCCAGUAAUGCAUGAAGACUGACAGUUGAGGAUCUUGAAAUCAUCCUUGCUGUUGACUGAGGGCAGGAGCUGUGAAGCAGAUUCCUUGAGGGUGGCCAAGUUGAAAAAAUAAUCGGGACCCUAUUCUGCCCACCCACGCCCUGGCAAUUCUCCUCUUUAGCUCUACUUCCUCUUAGCAUCCCCCCCUUUUGCAUGGCGGCGGAGAGGGGACCCAGGACAAAACUUCCCAUGCCUCCUCCCGAGUCCUACUGCUGGAGUCCUGCUUCCAAUAAAACAAAGUGAAAAUGG